AUGUCCGACAGUCGCUCUUUGUCGAUCCCCACAGUUCGCAUUCCUCCGCCGCCGUCUGCCCAUAGUCCAUUACGAUCCCCUAAGCGAAGGCAACGUCUGCCGGUUGACGAAGACCCUCUGCUAGGAAAGCUCUCCCCGGAUACAAUCCUCGACGCUCUCGCUGCUAUUAACGCCGUGGCUACGAAUGAAGGUUACGCGAAGGAUCUCCUUACCAGAAGCAUAUCACAAGCAUCGGCUGAAGAUCGACUUCUCGGAACCCGCGCAGCGAUAACAGCCAAAAAACUGAGAGAAUGGCUAAAGGAAUUACAAGCGUGGCAAUGGCCGAAGGGGCACGACAUCCAACAUGGAAAGGGCUUUAUGUCACCAUCAAAGGAUACAAUGAACGACACCACAGAGUUCUGGGGAAGUCUUCCUGCCCAACUAGUUGUGGAACAUGAAGCUCGACUUGAGCAAAUCCGAGACGGCAUUGACAGUCUAAACGUGGACGAACUAAAGGAGCAUAUCAUGAACGUCCAUGUACCAGGUCGAUCCCGUCCGUCUUCGGCACAUAGUGCCCUCAGUGCGAUUUCCGCUCCUCCAUUUACACACAUACAAUUAAGCGAUUUCACCGCCGUCAUUACAGCCACUAUUCUCCGAGCUUUGCCAACGUUGGCGCGAUUGAACAUGCUGCUCGAAACUUGGACUGUGAGGCUACUUGUGUUGCGCCAAAUACCGGAUUUAUUGUCGUCUUUAGAUGCAGCGCGUACGUCCCUGGAUUCUGCAUUACUUAUAACCCAGGAAUCCCGUCUGAAUAAACGCUAUUCCAUGAUCGAUUUUACCUCAAAACGAGAGGAACUCGCUGAACUCAUCGGUACGGCUGCGUCCCGUAUGGAUACGGUUCUCGAUGCUUUGGAGGGUAGAGAAGACUCUAUACCCGAAACAUGGAUUGACAAGAUGGAUGCAUUAGAGACAAAUUUUACGACCUGGAUCCAGUUAGCAGAAAAGAUGACAAUUGAAAGAGCAUGGGCUUUUUCUGAACUAAAAGUUGCUCAACAAGCCACUAUUGAAGAUGAAGGGUUGCAACGUAAUGUUCCCGCGAUGGACCAACCAGGCGAAGAUGCGACGGAAGAAGAGGUCCACGAUCAUGUGGACGAUUCGUCCUCCCCAGCAGUCAACGAGGCUACCAGGUCCGAUGGCAAUAAUAACAACACUGCGCCCCAGAACACCACACCCUCGUCACGAGAAGGGCCUACUCCUUCGACUGAUGUAGUCGACGUCAAUCUUGUAGUCACUUCAGUUACAAUUUCAUUGCCUACAGUUGACACCAUGGAAGUCCCUAACUUGCCCACCGAUGAGGAAGAGUCUAUCCCUGAAAUUACUACUAUAGAAACGCGACCUUCCUCAGCGGAAGUUCUACCACGAAACGCCGAUUCAAACAAUGCGCCGGCUGCAGCGAAUCAUGAACAAACAGGAGCUGAUCCGGGUCCUCAUGUCUCUGAAUUGGAGCUUGUUCACAGCGACGGACAGGGCAGUAGCGAGGUCGAAACGGCAAUAGAUUAUGAGCCUGAAACUUCAACGCUACCCCUUCGACUGAAAAAAUCCAUCCCUAUUCUCGCAGUGAUUGAGGAGUCACUGUCUGAAGAUUCUGAGUCUCAGCACUCAUCAGAACCCGGACAAACUCACGCACAGCCUUUGGUGCAGUUACGGCCAUCGCCGAUUUCUGACAGGCGUGAUUCAGAUUCUGCAACUGAAAUGCAAACCGAAAUCAAUCCUGCUACUACAGAGAAUAACCUGGAAUCUCAGCCAGUCCCUGCUAGCCCUUUUACUAUUAGUCAAGUCGACCAACAUUCAACAGAUCUUGGAAAUGAUAUGUCCUCUGAGCAAUCUCAAGAGCAUCAAUUGCAGCAUCUAGAGAUUCCGGCUGCCAAUCAGACCUCAGGCGAUCAUCUUUCGCAAAGAGAUACCCCGUCUACAUUAAGACCAGUAACCGGGGUUAUACAGCACCCGAAGGCCGGUGAUAGCGAUGACCUGGAUCAGAUCCGUGCAGCUACUGCGGGAAAAUCAAACUCGGAUAUAUCUGUACCCGCAUCAGAUGCAGACCAGUCCUCUCCACGUCGUCUGGAUUUCGAAAGUCCGCAAUCUAUUAUGACCCCAUCAUUAGCACUAGAAGACCCCGCUAUCAAAGGGACACCCCAGAGCUCUUUGAUUGAGUCGUCACCUGUCAAAGUCAUGGGAACUGACAGUCAGAACUUCGGUGCAUUACUUGAGCAAAAUAUCCCCAUACAUCCUGAUAUACCGGUCCAAUCGAUCGAAACCCCGAGUAAACAAGAUACGAUCUCACAUUCGUUUCAAGGUGAUAAUGAAAUAACCUCAAUCCAUUCGAGAAAGAUCUCCGCGGGAGGUCAAAGCUAUCGCUCUACGGUACCUUUUUCGCCAGCUGUUUUUAGCAGCACCAGCGAUCGCACAGUUCGUGAAAGGGAAUCUCCGCAAUUGAGUAGUUCGGCAUUGCAGGACUUGGAAACAUUCAAACAUAGCAAUGAUGCCAGUCUACCUCUACAACGAUUUAUCAAUGAUAAAUCGGACGUGAGUUAUUCCAUCAAUCAUGAAAUGACCCCGAACAGUCCAUCCUCACGUGGGAAUACGUCACGAUAUCUGCGCGAAGACACAGAAUCACCAAGGUUCAGCAACAGAAGUGUAUCACCUCCAGCCAAUGUGGUUCCCCGACGAGCCAUACGCGGGCCCAGCUCGAGCCUGAUGCGAGGUACAAUAUCUUCUCUAAACAAAGUCGUUGGAACAACAAAACGAAGUGAAUCCGAUUCAUAUAACCAUGAAUCAGAAAGACUUCUUUCACGCUCCAGACUGGGGUCACCUUACGACGCCGACUCUCCGAUAUUGUGGCGGCGGAAAUCCUCUACUAGCGACCUUCUGCAGGCCCCUAGGCCGCAUCUACAGAAUCAGCCAAGUAUGGAGAGUAUUGGUUCUUAUGUUUCUAGUAACGGUACGAGUGAUAUGCGGAGACGAUAUUCAUUUUCCACCGACGGCGGAUCUUUCGCAAUACGGCCAGUCCAUGAAGCAGACAGUGACCUACAAGAGAAAAUCCACUCUAUUCUCACAAGCAUUCCUGGCAAAAUUCGCCUCAGUAAUAACCCUGCCCGAGAUUUUGACCAGCAGUCCGUGAUGUCGUCAAUGUCUUCAUCGAAGAGAGCCCGACUCAAAGCGCAGUCUCCCUUUUCCACCCCAAGCCGAGCCGGUACGCCUACGCCGUCAGAAGGCUUUACGCCUUCAUCCAGGCAGAGACGUACGACUUCUCACAAAAGUGAAGACAAGACUGUCAAAGUUUAUCAUUUACAUCAUCGUGGGAAAACAGAACCGACCAAAUUGUUCGUUCGCACUGUUGGUGAAGAUGGCGAACGAGUUAUGGUACGUGUCGGUGGAGGUUGGGCGGAUUUGGGCGAGUAUCUACGCGAGUAUGUCCUUCACCACGGACGUCAGACUCCAUCAAGCAGCAAUGUAGAAGUCAAAGGUCUUCUGGCAACAUCAACAUCCCCGAGAUCAACCACAUCGGCAGCUGCUACAGUCAUCGCCCAGAGUAGCCCUGGAGCACCUGCGACUGCGAUAAAUCGACCAGGAUCUUCUCUUUCGAUUCACAAAAUAAGACGGACAUCCAAACCAUCCGAACUCCCCGAACUGGCAAUUGAUGAUACCGAAAACUCACCUGAAAAUCUCCCACUCCCUUCAUUCCUAUCAACAGCUCGACGAAGCUCAAUUUCCUCCAUAAACUCAGUCAGCGUAUCAUCAAUCCUGGGAGAUGGUUCCAGCGUCUACUCCCCCCAUCCAGGCUCAGCAAGAGCCCCUCUUUCCCAUUCCAGCACUCCUCUAGGUCUAGCUGGUCCAAAGCCGCGAACCAGACACGUCUCCAUGACACCGGAAAGCGAAGCUUGGGUCGAAGAUGUUAUCGGUCAAGCGCGACGAACGUCCUCGACGAACAUUAAACCCACAGGACAGAAACAUACGGAUCAUCGAUCUGAGCGUGAGUUGCACGAUUCGUCGCGGAUGAGUAUCCGCAGUGUCAGCGAUAUUCCGUCUGGUGGUCGAAAUAAGCGUGUUGUUCUGAAGGGUCUAGGGUCUCAUGAUCGAUCAUAGCAUAUUCCGCCUCCCUCACGCAGUCACUCCUUUUCACAUUUUUUUUCAUCGGUUAUAGAUUCCACUGGGUCAUAUCGGGGCAUGGCGAGCAAUGUCUUUCUAACUUUUCUGGGGCCUUACGAUUCCAACUCUAUACACUCUCUACAACCAUUUUCUCAUUAAUUUACUAUCAUAUAGAGACACAGCCUGGCGUUGGUGAAGAUACCCUAUUUACUUUGAGAUUUGCAUUUUACUUUUUUUACUGGGCUAUUUGUCUCAUUUUCAUUUGCAUCUUCACUUCUUAGCAUAUGGAUCUUAUUAGGUAUUUGGUGUAUUUCUGUUUGGUAUUGCACUUGCUGGCAUUGGUAUUGAGCGAUAUAGGUUAUUUACAAUUCAUACAAAUUUCAAA